GGGGCGGCGGGGGGGUGGGGGGGGGCGGGCGCGUCCACCUGCGCGCGCCGGGGCCCCGGGCGCAUGGAGCAGCGCUGAGCGCCGCCGCCACCGACAGCGACAGCGACAGGCGGGCGGGGGGACCCGCCGGCCCCGCGCGGCCGCCUCCCUCGCGGGCCCGGCGCUGAGGGAAGAAAAUACGGAGAGUACUUCUGUUAGAUAUGCUGCAGGAAGACUGAUACUUCUCUGUUGCACUAUGGUAGCGAUACCUCGAAGGGUUUGUUCCUGAUAUGUUAAGAACACGCAAGCCCUUUCGAUAUAAGUCUCCAUCAUCAUCAAAUACAACUCCUUUCAUUCUCCUCUUCCAUUCACCUACCCAAAGACCAAAUCUGGAAAUAGUAACCAAAAGAGAAGCCCACGUCACACACAAAGCAGGGAAAGGUUGAAAUAAUUUAAGGGUUGGCCAGAUGCAGUGGGGCAUGGAGUGAACAGAAAGAGGUUAAAUUGAUGGAUGACCAACAAGAGCAGGAUUGUGCCUCAGAAGACCAAGAAACUAUCCUGAUUAAUGGGGUGAAAGAAAAUGAAUCGCACGCCCUGGAUGGCGAUGAGAGGCCUUGCACCGCUGCCGAGGCCGCGGUCACGUUCUCAGCCUUGACGACAGCUCAGAAGGAAAACCACGCGUGCCACCGGGCGCUGCCUCCCCUGACUUCAAAGAAGGCCUGCUUGCUGAGCCCCCCGUCGCCUCUGAGGCUCACGGAUGUCCCCGAGCACGCCUCGGAUGACUCCUCCGCCCACGCCAUCUCCCUCACGUCCUGCGUGACGAAGGGCAUGAGCUCCUGGUCGCUGCCGGGUGACUGCGAAAAGGCUCCCUUCACCAUGAUGGAGCCUGGAGGCAUGUCGGCGCUGACGGGCGACUGCUUGAUGCAGCCAAGCCGGACCUGUCUGGGCUGCUUUAUUGAAUCAAAGGACGGCAUUGAUGCAGAGCCGGGAAUAAGCUUGAAAGUGGGGGAUAUAAAUAGGGAUUAUGACACCUGUUCGGUCUCUGAUAUAGGGAUUCACUGCAUGAGCACAGGAGAAACCAUGAGAUAUGGGGAUCAACUGCUUUCAGACCAGCUUUUAAGCUUCCCUAUGCAUAAAUCGAGGGCAGCGGACAAAAGAGAUGCAGAAAAAUCUGACAGUGAUUCAGAGGACCCCACUCAGAAAAAUUAUUACGAGGGAUUACUAUUAGACAAAUGCAAUGGUGAGGAACCUUUACUAACAAAUCCCAACCAGGAAUGGGGCUAUUUUGAAUCUUUCAUUAGUGAAAGUAAAAUUGAGCUGCUUGACCUCUGCUCCAAAAAUGAGCUUUCUGUAAAUCUGUUUUCCGAGGAAGACGUGGAUAAUUACAUGUUUGAUGACGACGAUUCCACCUUGGGAAGCGAUGUCUGCUCCCUAAAGAUUAGAUACGAAUCUUUCCAGGAUAACGUGCGGGAGAAGACCACCACCCUUCAGGAGGACGCCCAGUUCAACUUCUUCCCCAGCGUGUUCGGCAACUGCACCAAAAGGGACAGCAGGAGCACCCUGAAAAGGGGGCCCGGCGGUGCCGCCGACCCUUCUCAAUUCAAAUCUGAGGAAGGCAUCAUCUGGGGGGAGGAGGAAGAGGAUGGCGAGGAAGAGGACGGCGAGGAGGAGGAGAAAGCUGCCUUAAAUAAAUCUUGCAACAGCACGGAGAUAGUGCAGUACGUGGGCUCCAAGCGGAGCCACUUUUUGGACUCGGUGAAUUCCACGGAGGACUCCGGGGAGUUCAGCGACGACAGCACUUGCACAGACUCCUCCUACGACGUGCUGCGGGAUAUCAAGGACUGCAGCCGGUACCUGUCCCGCGACCACUCUGGCUCCUUCAUUCAGCAGAACUACGGGCUGCGGGCGAAGAGGAAAGUGCGAUACAGCGACGACUACCUGUACGAUGUGGACUCCAUUGAGAACGAGAAGAUCCUGGACAAGAAGGAGUGGCUCCCGGACGGGCCCAAGGAAGAGGACGAUGACGAGUGGUGCCCCAAGAAACGGCGAAAAGUCUCUCGCAAGGAGCCCCCCGUUAUCAUCAAGUACAUCAUCAUUAACAGGUUUAAAGGGGAAAAGCAUAUGCUGGUGAAGCUCAGCAAAGUGGAUGCCAACGAGACAACUGUUACCCUAAAUGAGGAGCUGCUCAGCAAAUACGAGAAGCUAGCCCCACUGAAGGGCUUCUGGCAAGAGAGGCAGCAGAGCCGGCUGGAUUUGCUCAGAUCGUCUCUCUACCACAAGCAGAAUUUCUAUCUUAACGGCUCAGAUGCUUCGUUCCUCCCUCACCCACGGAAGCGAAAAUGCAAGCUAGCAAACAGGCACCGGAUUCAAAGAAUUAAAGCCAUCGAGCAAUCAGUGAACAAGCUGGGCUCUUGCUCCUCUGAUCACAAGCAGCCUUGCAGCAGUAAAGAGGACGCGGGCCUGAAAGGGCUGCCGGCGUUAGCCAUCGCCACCCCCAGCUGUGCCAACGGAUUACACGUAAAUGACAUCACGGGCAUCGCCGCCGUGAAAUGCAAAUCGCAGGAACGGGAGCACAAGGGGACAGAGAGGAAAGUGCUCCGCAGAAUCAAAUUCAAAAGUGAAGCCAGGUUGAAGUGCAAGAAGAUCAAAGCUGCUACCAGUACAGCGGAGGGCUCCCCGGUGCUGGAAAACCAGGACUCUGCAGCGCGUCUGAAGGACGAAAACGCUCCUUGUGCUUCAGACAGCUCCCAUCUCCCGGAGUGCCACGAGGAUAAGGUUGCUAAAAAUUCUCCUUUCCUACCAUCCACCUCCUCUUCAGACAAGCCUCUGCCAUCUGCUAAUAUCACCACCAAUGUACCCCUGAUCCCCGGAGGGUAUCUGCAGACGUUGUUAGAUGCUUCUGAUUUGUCGAGCAACACUGGUAUCUCAUACUUCGCCCAGCAUCCCUCCGAGCAGCAGCAGCACCCGCUCCCCAGCAUCGUCCCGGCAGAAAAGCCCUUCCCGGCUCUGCAGCCGGCGCAGAGCUGCGUGCUCUCCCCGCCCUCCGAGUCGGAGCUGCAGCAGUCGCCCGGCCACUUGGAGAUGGAGCAGAGCAGCUUCGGUAGCAUGUGGCCGGCCGGCAAAGCUGCCGGCAGCAACCGCCAGGACUUCCCCGGCGACAUGCGGGAGGCGGCCGCGCUGCCGAGCGAGUUCGGCGGCGGCGGUGCCACGGGUGCAGACGGCCUCCCCGCCUCUGGAUACGCUCAAGUCAAUCUGAAUAGCAGCAAAUUGCUAUACCAAAAAAAUUACAUGCCAGAUAGCCAACAAGUGCAGUCUGAUGAUUCUUAUCAGUCAUGUCAUUUUAAUAAUGGAGAGGGGCGCUUUCAUUUCCAGCGAGGUACACUAAGUACAGAUGAUGGCAGGCUCAUUAGUUUUGAUUCAGUGGGUUCGUUGUCAGUUAGUUCUAGCAAUUACAGUUCUUUAAGUUUAAAGUCUUGCGAAAAGGACGGCGAGGAUGAUAUUAAUGACGAUUUCUUGGCCCACUGCAGUCCCAAGCUAGUGAUCCAGCAGAGCAUAGACGAAAUCACUCCUUUGAAGGAGUCCACGGACCUUUUAGACAUUUCCAACUUCACGCCUGAUAAGUUCCGCCAGUCGUCGCUUUCGGAGAUGUCCCCUCCGGACACUCCCAACCUGUCCCCGCAGAUAGCUGGCUCCGACACCAAGCCCCUGGGCACCCUGAAAGGCUUUCAGGAGAGCCCCCAGGCCGCCCUCAACAGCUCCGAGAAGGUCAAGUGGAACUGCGGGGUCCUGCAGACCGAGGAUCAGGCAGAUAAUGGGUUUGCUUUAAAUAAUCACCAGUUCCAGUUCCAUAUGUUCAAUGAUGAAGAUUCUGUCAGCCUUCUCGAAAAGAGUCCAUGCUUGUCAACAUUUAAUGAGCCAUCUGGUCAAAUUAGCACCAAUAGCAAAGUGUCAAAAUCGAAGAGGAAAAGUUCAUCCAGCAAGAAUGUGGGUACAAACCAAAGCUCUUCCCAGAAAGCCACCCGGAAAAAAUCGCCCAAAACCAACAAAGGAACCGAUAAGCCACAAGGGAAAAACACCAGACAGGCGCCGAAAUCUGCCAGGAAAGGGAAAAAUGUGGCGGGAGUCAACGGCGAGAAGGCUCCAGCCGUUGGCGGCAGGGUGGUCAACCAGCUGAGCAACGCGGCCACCACCACCAAGGGCCUCGCCGAGAGCGCUCAGCAUUGCAGCCCAGCCGGGGUGAAACUGGGCAAGCACAACGGGCUCUCCGGAGAGUGGGCACUGGGAAAAGAGGGGGGCACGGGCUGGUCGGAAACGAGCCUGGGCAACGCCACCAGCCUCCUGGACGACGAUCAGAGGGAGUUUGAGGAACCUUCCAACAUCCUGUCCAACAUCGCGUCGGGAAUGGCGGACGUCCAGAGGUUUAUGAUGGCCUCCAUCGAGCCCUUGUGGGGGCCUGUUGGCCACAACAGCGUUCCAGACAUAUUCCGGUCACCGGAGUCCAACAGCCUGAAACUAAAAACUCUUAAAAUUUUGGCAGGGACAUCCCAAGAGUCGAAGAAGAAGGCAAACGGCAGCUCACCGGGGGCAGCGAAGAACCACAAGUCGAACAACAAGGGCUCAAACAAAAACAGCAAAGCUGCAACCUGUGACCCCGGUCGCCCCAACUGCUCAACCGGGUACACCACGGACAUUCACGCUCCCUUUUUUGAUAAAAACUAUAGUAACCUGAGCACUUUAGGCAAUAACGGACCUACCCAUAAAAAACUCUACCGUCAUAAAUCCAGUUCGAAAUCGCUGAGGGAUGAGAACUGUAAAAUAAAGCGAACGGACCGCGAACAGCCCCACAAGGACCCCCCAGUGACAGCUGCUUUUGAGAAACUGAGGGAAUCAGACUCCAUUCUUCUUAAAGCAGAAACAACAUUUUUGGGUUUUCCUGUAUUUGAAGAAGAGACUCCCUUUUCUAGAAAGACGGUUGAUGUUUGUUUCUUUUUCUCUUUCUUUUUUUGGUUUUUUUUUUUCGGUUGGGGGUUUUUUUUCCCCAUCAGCUCCUUUUCGAAAUCUGCCUUGUGGUAUGUUGAAAUGUAAGUGCUGAAAUGAAGAGUUUGAAAUUGUGGGAAUUUUAUUAUUUGAAAGCAAACCUAAUCUGGUAUUCUCUGUGAAAGACUGUUUUAAAAGUCAUACUGUUGUACAGUAGUUUAUGCACUAUGACCCACAACAACAAAAAAUUGUGCCAAACUAUGAACAAGUGACUGUAUUGUAUAUAUUUUUACUUCUCUAUCAACAUUGGGUUGUGAGUGUUUUCUGCAGCUAUGCCUUUUGGUUUUACUAGAAACAUUCCAGUUGUUAAGUACUAACCACCCCCCUUUGAAAGCACCUGUAACUCACGAUGAAAACGAUAUUGUUCACUUAUACAACUUACCAAAAGUUUUAUGGACAUGACUAAAAGUGUGCCAAAUUUACUUACCUCAUUUCAUGGAUUCACCCUGUGGUUUAAAGCUCAUAAAGGGAAAAAAAAAAAAAAAAAAAGGAAAAAAAAAAGGAAAAAAAAGGGGAAAAAAAAAAAGAAAAAAGGAACUUUGAAACCGAUGCUGGGAAAUGGUAAUGUCCUCUCUUUGAAACCGUGAGCAGAGAAACGUAAUGGUGAAAUGUUGAGUUUCAUUGUAGGAGAGAGCUGAAAUGGUGGAGGAGUUCAGAAAACCACUGACGGUAAGUUUGCCAGGAACUCAAGUGUCUGCAUCUAGAGACUACAGAACAGCUGCUUUUCAAGUGUCUGUUUUCUUAAAGCAAAACCUGUAGCCGAAGAUCAUUUGAAAUGCAAAGUUACAUUGCUAAUUCUUUGUAUCUCAGUUUUAUAUAUUUUAUAAGAACCUGGGAUAAAUUCUAAAAUAGUUAUAAAAACAGAACUAAUACGUUUCAUACAUUUAUUGCUAUUUACUUUUCCUUUGAGUAGUUUCUUAAACAUUUUCGAUGCAGAGCCUGUCAAAAGCGCUCUCCUAUCAUAGCUUUGGUGUUUCCUAAAUGUCUAACCUUGCGAUGCCAAUAUAGUUUGAACUUUCAAAAGCAAAGUCAUCAGUUUUAAAUACAACUCUGAACCUUUUCUUUGAUUCAGUUCAUAAGCUAAGAAAAGAAACAAAAAACGGAGCUAUUUGCGAUCUCACCAAUCAGGGCCGGAUCAUACAUGACUGGACUUUAUUAAGACAGCGUUAAGUAUUGAAUGCUAAAUGUAUUCUCAAAAGGCCUUAUUUGUAACCCUACUCACCACACCCUCGCCCUCCAAGAGGAUAACAAACCCAACAAAUAUCUAUUUUCCUUGUGCAACUGAGAGCCUGUGCAUUUUGCUGCUGAUUUCUUACAAAACCUUGAUAUGCAAGAGCCCUGCUAACUGGGAGCUAUUGGGAGCGGUGGGGUGCGAGGCUUGGAUGCGUUUAUGCAAUAGGAAACGAUGAGGAAGAGGAGCCUUAAUAGCAGUUGGAUGGAUCACGGUCUCGACACGGUCCUGAGCAUAGAGGUGGUCUUUCGCAGAGGACAGGACUAGACUCGGGUUUCUUUAAAAGUAGAGGGUUUUUUCCGCCCAUGUGCAAGGCAAAACAGCAGAAGAGUUUUAAGUUAAUUUAGCAAAAAAGCAGACCGAAUACUUAAAAUUGGAGUUGCAAAGUGUGGAUUUAGACUCAGAAUGUUUUCAGCGUUUGCAGACCUUGAGGUAUAGCUUAGGCUCAGCUCUGCAAUCCCAGAGAGAACAGCACAGUAAUUGCAUUGCAUUUAAUAGAUGAAAGAAGGAAGCCUGAAAAAAAAAAAAAGCAAUUCUGAAAACCAUCCUAUAAGUUCAUUUAUUCCAUGAAAAAAUGAAAUGCUGGUGUUGCCCAGAGGGAGUUGCUCCGGAUGAGACCGGUCCCUGGGUACCCCGCAGGUGGGAGUGGGGUGCAGCAUCCCACCCCGGCUCUGGCUCCAGGAGGGAGACCCAGAAGAUGCUCGGGAUCUAUUUUGGAGACAGAGCUGUGCUAUCGGGCCCCAUCCCUGGGCAUUUGGCUUUCCUGCAGCCACCGUGCUCUCCCCUGCUUCCCCAGCAGCUGUCUUUUCUCUUCAUAGGGUCAUCAGAUACUACAAGCUCCGGCCAUAGCCCGUUUUUUCAUCAUUUCUCCCACGUGCUGCAGGAGGAGGGGCUGCUAGCUCCCUCCUUUCGGAUGUUCAGGCUGCUGCUCCGACGGAGACAGGUCAGGUCCAGGGCUGGGAUGUGGCACAGCCCUUCUUUUUGACCCAGAACCAUUGUUUGAAAGCACAUUUUGACUAGCCUGCACUGUGCUUGUUGUGAUUAAUAUUAUGAAUAUGGGACUUGUAAUAAAAUACCUUGUACUGAACCAGAUAGCAAUAGUUAUUGCAUUCAAGAAAUGUGCAAUAGGGCAUGAAUAUAAGGCAUAAAAUGCAUCGACUACUUUACUAGAUUUUGGAAAUCCAUGAAUACCCAGCUAGGUGUUUCAGGGCAGUGUUAAUCACAAAUACCAACUGCCUUUUUGCUCUCUUCUUCAGUCCUUCUGUUGCUCCAAUUUCGCUGCCGUCUUCAGUUGUCCUCCCCAGUGAUCUCUGACCAGGGAGAUGCUAAAGAGCCCAGAUCCCUCGUGGUGUGGCACGGGCCCUUCUCUGUAUCUGAAAAAGUGAUCUCUCUGCCGAUUGACCCCAAAGCUCAGAAAUUGCCUUGAGCCAACCAUUUGCCCUCCUGUCUUGAUCUUCACAGAACCAUGGAAUGGUUUGGGUUGGAAGGACCUUUAAAGCUCAUCCAGUCCAACCCCCCUGCAGUGAGCAGGGACAUCUUCAGCUAGAGCAGGGUGCUCGGAGCCCCGUCCAGCCUGACCUGGCAUGUUCCCAGGGAUGGGGCAUCGACCACCUCUCUGGGCAACCUGGGCCAGCGUUUCAGCACCCUCAGCAUAAAACAUUUCUUCCUUAAGUCUUAUUUGCAGGGCUGCUCUCAGCCCCUUCAUCCCCCACCUGUAUUGAUACCGGGGGGUGCCCCGACCCAGGUGCAGCACCUUGCACUUGGCCUUGUUGAACCUCAUGAGGCUCACAUGGGCCCACUUCUCAGGCUUGUCCAGGUCCCUCUGGAUGGCAUCGCAUCCCUCAGACAUGUCAGCUGCACCACUCAGCUCGGCGUCAUCUGCAGACUGCUGAGGGCGCGCUCGAUCCCACUGUCUGUGUCACUGAUGAAGAUGCUAAACAGCACUGGUCCCAGUACGGACCCCUGAGGGACACCACUCAUCACUGAUCUCCAUCUGGGCAUUGAGCUGUUGGCCACUGCCCUCUGGAUGCAACCAUCCAACCAAUUCCUCGUCCACUGAACAGUCCACCCAUCAAAUCAAUAUCUGUCCAAUUUAGAGAGAGAAGGAUGUAGCCCUUCCCGUCUCCACUGAUGCAGUCACUCCAUCACAGAAGGCCAUUAGGCUGGUCAGGCAGGACCUGCCCUUGGUGAAGCCAUGCCGGCUGUCUCAAAUCAUCUCCCUGUCCUCCAUGUGCCUUAGCAUGGCUUCUAGAAGGAUCUGUUCCAUGAUCCUCCCAGGCACAGGGUGAGGCCGACAGCUCAGCAGUUCCCAGGAUCCUCCUUUUGACCCUUUUUGAAAAUGGGUGCAACGUUUCCCUUUUUCCAGUCACCGGGGGUUCACCCGACUGCCAUGACUUCAAAUCUCACGGAAUGUGGCUCGGCAACUACAUCUGCCAAUUCCCUCAGGCCUCUGGAUGCAUCUCGUCAGGUCCCAGAGAAUUCUGUACGUUCGGGUUCCUCAGGUGGUGACGAACCUGGUCUUCUCUGACAGCGGGAGGGAUGUUGCUCCCCCAGUCCCUGCCUUGCGGUCCAUCCACUCGGGAUGUGUGGGAAGAGGCUGCCGGUGAAGACUGAGGCAAAAAGGUUGUUGAGUACCUCAGCCGCCUUCUCAUCCGUUGUUACCACUUUGCCAGUCUGGCCCAUGGGGGAGGUACGCUUUCUUUGACCUUCCUCUUCUGGCUGACGUACCUGUAGAAGCCCUUCUUACUCUUCUCUGCAUCCUUUGCCAAGUCCAGCUCCAUCCACACCUUGGCCCGCCUGACCCCAUCCCUACACAACCAGGCAGCGUCCCUGUACUCUUCCCAGGGUACCUGUCCCUGCUUCCCCUGCCUGUGCAGUUCCUUCUUGCCCGUUAGUUUGACCAGCAGGUCUCGACUGAGCCACGCUGGUCUCUUGCCUUCCAUGUCUGAUUUCUUACACCUGGGGAUUGAGAGCUCUUGCGCUCUAUGGAAAGCAUCCUUAAAGGUCUGCCAGCUCCGUUCUGCUCCCUUGUCCUUGAGGGCAGUUUACCAGGGGUCCUAUUGACUAACUCCUUGAAUAGCUUGAAGGUUGCUUUCCUAAAACUCAUCUCCACCUGCCUGUCGCUACCUCAAGGUUUUCAUCACUCCCCGCCUUUGCCUCAUUCCUUGCCGUACGAGCUCGCCUUUUCCACUUGCCCUUCUUGUCAGUAUUGGUUAAAUUUUGCUUUUCAUGGCGCUGCUCCCAGCUGUGGGAGGAGCGGGAUGUCGGUCCCAUCCGUCCCUGCCCACCAUCCGCACACCCCGGGGCUCCCCGUGCCUCCCCGCGGUGGCUCCCGCCUCAGCUCAUCCUCUUGCCCAGUCCCAGGGCACUUCCAGCCUCCUCCGUACCUUCUCGUUGGGCUCCUGCCUGUUUGGGGCGACUAAUCCAAGCCACACAAAACACGUUUAUUCUGCAGCAUCCCUUAAGAUGUCUUUUCUCUUUACUUUAUUUCGCACCACCUCUGGCGGAGUCCCGCGGGCGCCCUGCGAGAGCACCGGUGUCAGUGAUGCUCCUCUCCUAAGCCGCACUGUGCUGGCACACUGCGGUUUGGGUGACUUAAAAUCAGCAGCGAAAUUAGGAAGCAGAAACCAUCCGCUUGCAAAGGAAGGUCAUAAAAUCCAUCCGAGAGCAGACCCAUAUGGGGCAGCUCAGCAUGAGCCCCUGGCUCUCGCUCCACCUCCCAGCUGGAGGCAGGAGGUGCCUGCGAGCAGGGGAAGGGGGCACUGGCCGCCCUGCUGCAGGAGCGCGGGGCUCCCUCCUUACGGGCAAAGCAGCCGUGUCCCUGCGGCGGCUGCGCCGUGCGGAGGGUGUCCUGCGGAAGGAAACCCUACAGCAACCUAGCAGUAGCCAGCCCACCUGCAAUGGCCAUAGUUUUGCUGGAGGUACUUGCAUAUAGAGGUUUUGUAAAUAGAAACAUACCAGUGAUGGGGAUUUAAGUAAUCUUUUUUUUAAAAAAAAAAAAAAACUUAACCAGGUUUACAUCUUGCUUUUCUUUUUUUAAGCAUAAGAGGGUCGUUUGGUUGGUUUUUUUUUUUUAAAAAAAUGGCUUGAGAAUGAUGAUGUGUGGACCAGGUUUAGCCAGGUGUUUUGGGGGGAGGAGGGCGGCAGCACGCAGGGCUGUCCCUUGCUGGCGCUGCACUGUCCUGCCGCGGCCGGGUCUGCGCGGAGAGGAGAAGCCAAGGCUGGCUUCGGCGGCGGCGGUUGCUUCAGCGCAACCAUUGCUAGGCGGCUCGCUGAUUUAAACAGUCAGGAUUGUGGUUAUUUUUCGUUUUCGGCAUUUUGGCUCAAAUGAGCCACGAACCAAAAUAACGACGUUUUAAGCAUUUUCAUCCUUUACCUGCUGGACCACGUUCUUCUUUCCCUGAGGUCCCGAUCUAGCAAAGCACUUAGGUGGGAGCUCGCUGCUCGCUGAGUGCUUUCCUGGAUGGGAACCGGCCGUUGCUGUUAAGUCACGAGAAAAACUCCCUUGAAGUCAGUGUAAGUGAGAAGAGGAUCAGGUGCGUGGACUUCAGUUGGUGCAGGAUCAGGCCCUCGGUCUUACUUUCUCAACUCGGUGCGUUGGACUUUGCCUAUGCAGCUCCCAGGGGGUCCAGUGGAAGUUGCAUGGUUCAAGCCGCUGACAUCUAUUUGAGAAUGUGCCUCUUUAUCUCUUCAGCGUGUGAAAUAAUGCAAAAAAAAAAAAGAAAAAAAAAAGAAAAAAUAUAAAAUAAACAAAGUACAAUGUCUGUGGUAGAAGCAAGGCUUUUCAAAUCUGUUUCUCAGGUAAACAAGUGACACUAAUGACAGUGGAGUAACAGCCAUCUAAGGGAAUUGGGAUCUAAAGCAGGAGGAUGCCCUCCAUCUCGCAGGAUGCUUGGGUUGCCAGACACGUUUACUGAGCCUUUGAACACUUGGUGCAAAAGGAAACAAGAAAUAAAAUUGGUAUUCACCACCACCCUUCGCUAGCUAGAUAAACGUCCAUUUCAAAAGCACAAAGGGAAGACUUAAACGUAAACUAAACCACACACACACACAAAAGAAAGGUACCAGUUAAACUCCUUUUGUCUCUUACUCCCAGUGGGAAGCAGGGUAGAAAUCCAAGGAGCUGCUCUGUUCCGCUGCCCGCGGCGCCGGCUGGGGCAUUUCGACUGCUGCCUCCAGAGAUGUGAAUGUACUGCUCCUUGAGUUCCCUUCCAUAGAACUAGAGGCACCUCGUUAGGAAGUUGCUCCUGUUUUAUGGUGCUAAAGAAAACUUUUAUCCCCCCCUUGAGCAUUUAAGAACUAUUAAAUGGCCCUUUUUAUGAAUGUAACAUAUCCAUUUCUGUUCCACAUUUUACACUGCAAUUUUAACAUGUUUGGAAAUGAUUUGCCUUUUUUCUUUUAGAAUAAGCUUUAUAAAUAUUCUGUAGAGUCAAUUGAAGUAUAAUUCUUAAGGAUCACUCUAAGACGCCUACAAAAUCUUGUAUAUUUUUAAGUGUGCCAAUUUGUAAAAUAUUUUGUAAGUGUAUAUUUUUCUUAGAAAAGUGCUGUGAAGUGUUUGUAUGUGUGAGGUUUCCCUUUUUUUGCACCUUCGGGUGUUAAUAAAAGGAUGUAUACUUAAAAGUUUCUGGUUUUAAAAACCAAAAUACAAAGAAAAAAAUUAAACUUUUGUUGGGAAUUUUGUAAUAAAAAGAAAUGUUGUGAAAGAGUGUAGUGAUAUUGUGUAAAGGAAACUGGAAAAUUUGUGAGCGCUUUGCUGUUUUAUAGAUCCUCUUGUAAAUUAUUCUUGUAAUAUUUUGGGUUUUGUUGUUCUUGUUGCAAAGGUUUUAAAUAUUUGUGACUGACUCUGUAUGGUGAAAACGUCAUAUUGUUAACUUGCUGAGUUUUGUUAUAUUGUUUAUGGAAUAAAUAAAAAAAUCAAAAAUCUCAUUUUAAGAUCAUAUAUGAAGAAGAAAUUAAAA